AUGGUUUUAAUCGAUGCCACUUAUAAAACAAAUGUUUACAAAUUACUAUUUGUAAAUUUUGUUGGUAUUGGUAAUCUUGGUAUAAAUAAAUUGCAAACAUUUGGUAUUGCUAACAUCUGGAUCUCUGAUGAAUCAGAGAAUUCAUAUAUUUGGGUUAUUCAACAGCUCAUUUCCCUUGUAUUUUUUGAACUUUCUCCUUUGAUGUUUGUUACAGAUAAUGAUGCCACACUUACUAGUACUGUUAGAAAAAUUUUUCCAAAAGCUGAUUGUCUUUUAUAUACUUGGCAUAUUUUAAAUAAUUUUAAAAAAAAUUUAAGAAAACAUUUCGAUGAUAAUUUAUUUGAUGAAAUUAUUAAAACUAUGGAUCAUUUUAUUAAUGUAAGAGACUAUGAUGCAUUCAAUUUAACAAUUACUGCCUAUAAAAAAUUGGCCUCAUUGAGCUUAAAUGAAGAAAAUAUAAUAAAAUAUCUUGAGAGCACCACUACAUAUAAAGCUUGCUUAUGCGAACCAUGUGUUAAUUACAAUAUACCUUGUCAUUAUAUGCUUUCAGCAAAAGGUCCUAUUGCAUUAUCAAGUAUUUCAAAAAGAUGGCUGUUAUUUCCUGAUCAAGAUCAAUUAGAUUCUUGCUUUUUAGAUAAACAGCAAAAGUCAGUUCUUCUAAACCAACUUGAUGAUAUUUUGACAAUUCCAGAAGUUAAACUUUUUGAUAUAAAAGUAUUAGAAAGAAUUAUAGAAAAAGGCUGUUCUUCUGGAACCAAAUGA